GAAAAUUCGUGUUUUCAAGAAGGAGCAGGUUCCCCCUUGCGCUGCACCGGAAGAGGAGCUGAUUCAGAUUGUGGGUGGACUUCUCGCUGUUAAGAAAGCACUGCUUGCUGUUUCUCGUCGUCUCCAGGAUAGAAUCCUUGGUGAAGGAGCUCCUGGCCAUAUAUCCACUCAUGGGGCAUCACAAAAAUCGUACUCAGAUUUCAGUGUGAAAAAUAAUACUUCCGCGCCGCCUGUUUCUGAUAUUGCUGUUGAGCAUUGUUCUUUUGACCAUUCUUUGUCAGCAGACACUGAAAAGUAUCUAAAUGUAGAUGAUAAAAGCUCUCUGAAGAAAGUCAUCUUCCGAUUUCUUUGCUCUAGCGGAAUUGCUGGCGGUGUCAUUGGAAAGGGUGCCAACAUCGUCAAAUAUUUGGAAAAAGAAACUGGAGCUUCUAUAAAGUUUGCAUCUCCAGUGUCGGGGUCAAGGGAACGCCUUGCCAUCAUCUCUUCUUUGGAGAUUGCAAUUCCGUUGUAUUCUCCUGCACAAAUCGCUAUUGUCCGUUGUUUUUUCCAGAUGCGUAGAAGUUGCCCUGGACCAAGGGGGUGAUAGUGAGCUUCGGCCAUGGGGAGAGUGUAUCAGCAAGAAUUCUCGUUUCAUCGAGCCAGCUUAGCAGUAUACUGGAUGGGGAUGGAAAGCUUGCUACAGAUAUAAGUCUUGCAUCAGGUGCUGAGAUACAACUAAUGGGAGCAGAUCUUCCAGAUUUUGCUGGAGUUGGCGAUAACGUGGUCCAGAUUUCAGGUGAUUAUGAAAACGUUAAGAGUGCUCUAUUUCAACUUGCUGGGAGGCUUCGGGCGAAUUUCUUUUCUAGAAUAGGAUACAAAGGAGUAGGAAGCAGACAUAGUUUGUACCCAACUGUUUCCAGCAGCAUUCCUACUGGUGGAGAGGCAGCUUUUUCAACACAAUCUGCACAACUGUCUCGAUUUUCCCAUAUUGAUGAAUUGGACCACCUUGGAUUCGUGCAGAAAUCAAGCAGCUCUUGGCUACCAGGAUUGCAGUGGGAACAGGCAAACAACAUAGAGAGUCAACCAAGACCUGUAGAUGGUUCGAAAGAAACUUUUCGUAGUGGGUUCAAGCGAGAAAGCAUUAUUGUGAAUGAGGGAUCAGAACAAAAGGUCGAAGUCGUGGUUCCCAGGGAAAGUUUGGCUCUGUUUAUGGUGACGACGGAAGCAACCUGACUCGUUUAAGAGAGAUAUCAAGUGCAGUCGUGACAGUGGUAGAUCCCAGCCCCCGGGGAAGGCAGUGGUAAGGUGAUCAUAUCAGGGACACCCGAAUGCAUCCGGAUCGCUCAGAGCCUACUUCAAGCGUUCAUUCAUUUUGAUGGAGACCUCGUUCUGGGCUGCGAUCGUUUACAACCGCGGGUAAAUAGUGAGUGCUAGCGCGUUUUUAACUGUGAUUAAAGUAGUGUCUUUCCCACAUCAACACCUAUCUGAGGUGUUUUGUAUGGUAGAUCUUUUUAACUUGAAAUGAUGUAAAUCCUUUGUAAUGCCACUGGGAUAGUUUCACCUUUGCAGCUGUAAUUAUGGUAACGACUGAUCUUUUGAGUGUGGAUGAGAAUUGAUAGUCUUGAUUCUUCUGUAAAA